AUGUCACUAAAAGUGCGCUACCAAUGGACUGGCGACCUCCGGGAAGCUCUUGCCCACAGCGUCAAGAAGCGGGAAAAGCUUUGGAAGAAGGUGCCCGUGGUCAGUCAUGACACCGAGUUGAGAGCUAAACUUUGGGCGGAGGUUGCUGAUGAGCUCACCCAGCAGUUUGGAAUUCAAGUCGACACCGAUGACAUGAAGAGGACAUGGAAAAAUUUGAAGGAUAACUAUUGGAGGAUUACCCGACUAUACGAGAGCGAUCCUUUGAAACCUAGACGAUGGCGAUUCUAUAAUUGCAUGAGAUUUAUGGAAAGGGCGAACAUCGACGAUUCGAUAGCUGUCGACGGCCAGCCUUCAAACCAAUCGGUUUCUGAGACAUCACAAGCGAGAUUAGAAAAGGCUCGGAUUCUCAUUGACGGCAUAGCAAAACGAUUGCGUAACGAAGACCAAGAUGCACAAUUGAGCGGUUCAGAUGGUGGCAGAUCAAGUCAAGAGGUAAAACCGGUUUCACAGAAAAAUCGAUCCCAUACGUAA